AACGUUUGCAAAAACGAAUUAUUAAGCGUUCGAGUGACCCCGGCCACGCAAACAAUUUUGACAGAAUAUUUCAUUUAACAAUGGCAGAUAAGGAAGCCAUCGAUGAACUUUUUGAAAUAAGAACAAAUUUCUACAUAGGCAAUUAUCAACAGUGUAUUAAUGAAGCCCAAAAAAUAAAGCCCUCCAAUCCAGAUGUGAGGACAGAGAAGGAUGCACUCCUGUACAGAGCCUACAUUGCCCAAAAGAAGUUUGGUGUUGUACUUGAUGAGAUUCGACCAUCACACUCACAGGAGUUGCUGGCUGUUCGCCGCUUUGCAGACUACAUGGCCAACGAGAGUCAGAGGGACAAGAUAGUUCGCGACCUUGACAGCAAGAUGGGCUCCAGUGUAGAUGUUAGCAACUGUACAUUUAUCCUCAUGGCAGCAUCAAUAUAUUUCCAUGAUCAGAACUAUGAUGCUGCAUUAAGAAUUUUGCACUCAUCAGAUUCAAUAGAAUGCAUGGCAUUGACAGUACAAACACUUCUAAAGCUUGACAGAGUGGAUUUAGCCAAGAAGGAGUUAAAGAGGAUGCAAGAUACAGACGAGGACAACAUUCUGACACAGAUUGCGCAGGGCUGGUUCAACCUUGCUGUGGGUGGAGAGAAGUUCCAGGAUGCUUACUACAUCUUCCAGGAGCUAGCAGACAAGUUUGCCAGCACACCUCUGCUCCUGAACGGCCAGGCUGCCUGUAACAUGGGCCAGGGGAGGUUUGAUGAUGCAGAAGGCGUACUGCAGGAAGCACUAGACAAGGACAGCAACAACCCAGAGACACUGAUCAAUCUGAUUGUUCUCUCGCAACACAUCGGGAAAGCACCAGAGGUGAGCAGCCGCUACAUCUCCCAGCUGAAGGACUCCCACAGAAGCCACCCCUUCAUCAAGGACUACAUUAACAAGGAGAGUGACUUUGACAGAGUUUGCCAGAACUACAGUCCAUCUGUGACCGCAUGAUGACUCCACACCUGUGUUUUCAAUAAGGACCAACCAAACAGCUUCAUGAAUUGUCGUCAACUUUGGAAGCUUGGAUUCUGAAAACAUUUCCAGCAAAGGACACAAACAGACUAGAUAAAUAUGUGUCAUUGUGAUAUCAUAUUUCAAAGAAAAGAGACAUAUGUGAAUAUAAGUGAUUGUAAGACUGAUAAACAUUAAAUUAUUGUUGUAAAGAAUGCAACCUUGAAAUAUGUGUGUUUCACCUUCUACUGCCAUCUUUAGGGAAAAAAUGUGUGUGAUGAAAAUGUGUUAAAUUAAGGUUAAAAACAGGAGUUUUUCUUGAACUAUAUUGAUUUACAAUGAUAAUUAUUGUUGUCAUACAAAAUAGCCCAAAAUAUAGAGUGGUCGUAGGAGGUGUAUAGGGGUCCUAUCCUUAAAGCAUUUUAGUGAAAAAUUCUUCAUUUUGACAACGAUUAUUUUAAAUACCCCCAACUUUUUUUCUUUUUUUUUGUCAUAUGGAAUUCAUUUCUAGACCACUUCUUCCUUGUUUUCAUAGUUUUGAUUGAUGAACAUUGUUAGUUUUCAUUAAAUAAACUUAAAAAAACAUUUUUCACUUAUUUGAUGCUUUAUGAGUAUGGCACAAGAUCUUUUCGGGUUGUCAUGGGGAUUUCUGUUAUCAUAUCUUAUUUAUGUAUGAUUUAUGUAGCAGCUUGUCGAAAUAAAUAUGGACAAAAA